AUGUCCGACGCCAAAGCUCUUAGAAUCCUGUUCAAGUCGCCCGUGACCGACGACAUGAUCCGGUACUUGACCAACACAACGCUCAAGGUGAUUCCCUGCGCAAAGGACGCAUACCCUUCGCCGCCCUCGAGUCCACGCAGCCCACGCAGCCCACGCAGCCCGCAUAGUCCCCGCAGUGCGGACAAGACAUCGGCCAGGUCUCUGCCCUCGCUCAUGACGUUCAUUUCGCGGCUGGUCCGCUACACGAACGUGUACACAUCUACUCUGCUCACGGCCGCAUGCUAUCUGGACAAACUCAAGCGGAUUUUGCCCCGCGACGCACACGGGCUUCCGUCGACCAGCCACCGCAUUUUCCUGGCGUGUCUGAUUCUCAGUGCCAAGUGUCACAACGACUCGUCGCCCCAGAACAAGCACUGGGCCGAGUACACAGACGGGCUGUUCUCGUUGGAGGACGUGAACCUGAUGGAACGCCAGCUGCUGCAGCUGUUCAACUGGGACGUGCGCGUGUGCGACGAGGACCUGUACAACGCGCUGGAGAUGCUGCUGACGCCCAUCAAGCACGACCUUGUGCGCUCGCGCAAGGUGUUUUCGCGCAACUACUACCACCAGCGCAACAUGAGCGCAUGCUCGAGCACGAGCACGCUGGUGAGCAUGUCGAGCUCGGCCUCGGUGAUGUCGCUGCCCAAGCUGCCUAGCGUGGCUUCGCACUACGACACGCUCUACGCGCACUCAGAAAGCGCCGCUACAAACAUGGUAUAG